AUGCAACAAGUCUGGAUCAAGGUGAAAAAGGCAGUGCAGCUUGGCCAAAGACUGCAAGUGGUCUUUUUCCCUGGACAGAGGGGCCAGGGCAAGGUGGCUUGGGACGAGCUGUCCUUCAGAGAUCUCUGGGACGGUGUGGGCUGCGGUGGCAGCCAAAAAGCCGAGAUUGCCUACGUGGAGGCCAUGCGGAUGAUGGAAGGAGACACUUGGGACUACGACGAAAUCGACGUGAAGCGGUUCUUAUUUCAGGAAUUCCCUCCGAACUGCAAGGUCUUUGCUGAAGAUCCCACCGAUGGCAACAGCUGGCGAGAAGGAACCAUGGUGUUGACCAUGCCUGAUUCUCAAAGUUCUGAGACCUUGAGCAGAGUUUGGGAGCCGAAGUGGAUAGUGAAGUGCGACAAGACGAACAAGCUGUUUGCUUCGAAGCACGUUCGGCACUUUGAGAACCCAUUGAAGCAGGUUGCCGAGCAGGCGGGCCUGCAAGAGACCUUGAAGAGUGUUUUGCAGGAGAUGGAGAGGUCUUCAGAAGAAAUCCAGGUUCAAGCUCCAGUUCAAUCCCACCUUCGAGAUGGCACCCCGUCCUUGAUGUUCCAAGUGACCACCGAGAAAGUGCAGAUCGCACAAGCUUUAAGAAACAAAGUCCUGAGCGGUGCUUUGGACCUUGCCUUGUCGAAGAAGCACAGUGCCUUCGCGAAAAUCCAUGUUGACCAAUCCGACUUCUUAGAACGCUAUGAGAAAAGCCUAUUGACAUUAUCAAAGCUCACGGAUCAUCAAGAGCAGAAGCUGCAGAAUCUCAAGCAGCUUGGCGAGAACUUGCACUUGACAGCUCCCGCUGGUUGUGGCAAGACAUUUGUAGCGAUCCAAUAUGCCUUGGACGAGUUGAAGUUGGACGACGAAAAUUCCUCUGGUCAAAUGUUAUUCGUAUCUCCCCACAUCUCACUUGGACUCUACUUCGUUCGAUGGCUUGCUGUCAGACAUUCAACACUCACAGAGCUAUCAAUCCAUGAUGCGAUGAACCUAAUCAUGAAAAGGAUAGUACUGCUUCAAAAGCCUUAUGAGGACUUGGUUACUUUGCAGAUUGAGGGCAAUAAGAUCAUUCAGAAUAAGGGUGAGAAGGUGCACACUCAGGACUUCUUGCUGGCGGUCUUUGAUGAGUGCCAUGAGCUUGUUCGAGAAGGUUUCGGCCACAUUUUGGACAAGAUCAAUGCGAAGAAGAAGCUGCUCCUAUCAGAUCAGUCGCAGUGUUCUUCGCUAAACCUGGAUGAGAAGUAUCCUGGAUACAGGAAAGAAAGCCUUUCAGAAAUUGUUCGUAGUACAAGACGUCUUGUGAAGGGCGCAUCAGCAUUUCAAAUCGGCGAGACACAGGAGGUCUCAAGCAUUGGCCCUGAUGGCCCUGCACUGAAGACCUUUAUCUUUGAGAAAAGUGAAGAAGAUGAUGUGAACAUGUACUGCGACUACACCCUGAACGCAUUGUCACAUCUGAUCAAAGUGUACCCGGGCCUUAGAAGCCUUCAUGGUCGCCUCGCCCUGCUAGUCCCAGACCAACACUUCUUGGAACAGAUCAAAGUCCGCCUGCAAGAGCAGCUGAAAGUGCGUUUCAGACAUAAACGCUUCCACCUUGUUUCCUUUGAAGAGUCGUUGAGUUUCGUGCCCACGAAGUUCGUUGAAGGACAAGAGGAGCUUAUUUUGCUCGACACCAUCGACAAUGCCAGAGGACAUGAGCAUCUGAUGGUUGUGUGCAUUGCCCUGGACGAAGAGAUCCAGGGCAAGGCUGCAGAGGUGGAUUUGACGACUCGAGCGAAGCUCUACGUGGGCAUUACGAGAGCGCAGCAUUUGGCCAUAGUGGUCAACAAGUACAUCGCAGGAGGUUGGCUAGAGUUUCUGGCAACCUUAAAGUUCAAAAAGGCAGAAUCAGAACGAGGGAAGGAGUAUCGAAGCGAUGAAGUUGUGGAGCAGGCACAGGCACCAGAAGCAGAGCAGGAGCAGCCGACACGCUUCACUUCAAUCUGGGACACCACAGAUAACAAGAUUGAGGGUGAGAUUGGCCAGUUGAAGUUUGAUCCAAUUGAGGCCUUGGUGAAGUGGCACCUUUUGACUGUUGGUGAAGUGAUGUACUUCAACAAGGCAGAUUUCUUUGCUCCAUUUUGUAGAAAGCAGCCACUGGGCUUCGGAAACAAAGUAGAGCUACAUCUUUUGGCGCUGGCAACAAGUCAGAAACACUUGACAGGGGAGCGAUCCGAGCACCCCUAUGCGACAGUGGCGACGGGGCGGCCCGAAACACCAGAGGAGUAA